UCUGUUGAUAAAUAACAAACACUUUCCAUUUUAUGAGAAAUGAAAAAUGACUGAUUUAUGGAUUUUAAUUUUGAUCUUCAGCAAUAUGUGUACAGUCCAAAAUGGUAGAUGCUGGGUUACUGCACAAUCCCUCACAGAGUCACCAGUUGAUCAGCCUCAUAAAGAGCUCAGUGUGAAUAUUGGAGACUCGGCUACUCUACAGUGUUGUGUUCUAGAUAAAGAAGUUGGGAUAAUUGCCUGGUUUAAGCAACCAAACAGAAAAAAACCUCAGAUUAUAGUAUCGGUAUUUAAAAGUAGUGGAGCAGUGUUUCACAAUGGAUUCCGAAAGCCUUGUUUCCGAAUAGAACGAGCUUCAAACUGCUGCAAUAUGACCAUUUUAAAUAUCACUCAGUCUGAUGAAGCCAUGUACUACUGUGCAGUGACGAGACUCAAUCUUGUGUUUGGAGAUGGAACUUACUUAAAAAUUAAAGGUGAACAUGUUACUAUUGCAUCAGAAACAUCUAAACCGUCAGUGGUGUGUGAAACAAAACUGCAUGGAAACAACACUAACAUAAACACACUAGACAAAACAGAAUCAGAAAUGAUCAGAUCUCUACAUUUGAAAGUGCUCGGAUUGGGAACGGCUUUGGGUUUGUGCGCACUUCUGAUUUUCUGUCUCACUUAUUUCAUACUGAGGAGAAGAAAAUAUAGAAACUCUAGAUCUAACACCUCUAUAGAAUAUUCUCCAGGAACAAGGCAGGCACAGGAAUCUGAAGCUGAAGGACUGAAUUACGCAGCUUUGCAAUUCUCCAAGAGGAAAGCCAAAGCUGAAAAAAGAAAAACUGUCUCAUCAGAGGAGUGUGUGUACUCCGAUGUGAAGAAAACUGUAAGAUAACAUAAAUGUCUCAUAACACAUGGUAAUAUUACACAGUGAUAAGAUUUUAGCAAAAAAAACAUAUAGUAAAGUAUAUUCCUUACUUAUCAUUAUGAGUUAAAAUUCUACAUUUCGACAAUUACAAUUCUACAAGCUUGAAAUUGUCUUUGACAAGAUAUUGUUUAAAGUAACUUUGUACAGUGAAGUAACAUUAAAGUAAAGUAACUGAUGUAUUUUCCCACCAUGAUUUCUAUCAAGUGUCCUGGUAUUCCAUUCCACUAACUGUAAAACAAAAUGUAUGAAAAAAUAUAUUUUUUACAUUGUUGUACGAUUUUAGUGUUUUACUUUAUACAGAUUUUGUGGCCUCCUUUUUCUGACUGAUUACCUGACA